AUAAUAGAGACAACAAUAAUUUUAAUGAUUAAUUGUAAAACUCGCAAAAAGUUAGAAAAAGUUGUAGUUUUUGUGUGCUCCCAUAAAAAUAUGUUAAUUUAAGUACUUAAAACCUCGAAAAAAUUUAUAAUUUUAUAAUAAAAAGUUAAAAGAAGAUCAUAAAAAUCAUCUUAACUAACUUCUACACACAAAGCCUGUAAAAAAAAGAAAAUCAACAAAUUCUAAUAUCAUAAUUACCACCAAUUGUCACAAAACACAAAUAGCUAAACAGUUACCAACACAAUGGAUCGUAAAGCAGAAUUAGAACGUAAAAAAGCACGCUUGGCAGCUUUGCGUGAAGAGAAGGACAGACGUCGUCGUGAAAAGGAAAUGAAAGAUAAGGAAGAAGUAUCAGUACGAGCUGAUAAAGAUCAAAGAAAAGAUUUAGAUGAAAUGCUUUCCUCUUUGGGUGUUGCACCUGUUUCCGAAGUGCUCACCUCUUUGUCGUCAGUUAAUUCAUUAAAUUCAGAUAAUUCAAAUACUCAAACACCCGAUGCUAGUUUGCAAACAAAUAUGAAUGGUCCCAGUGCCGGCAAAAAACCUUUAAAUUUGAGUGUUUACAGUGUUCAAGCUACUAACAUUCCACCAAAAGAAACUCUUACCUAUUCAAAACAAACCCAAACCAAUAGUAGUGGUGGUCAUGAACGUGAUGUUCUUUCUUGCCACUCCUCACCUCUAUCAGGAUAUAUGGAGGAUUGGUGGAGACCACGCAAAGCUCAUGCUACGGAUUAUUAUGAUGAAUACAAUCUUAAUCCGGGUUUAGAAUGGGAGGAUGAAUUCACAGGAGAUGACGAAGAGAGUUCUCUACCACAUUUGGAUGGAUUCACUUCAAAAUUGCCACCCGGCUAUUUGACACAUGGUUUGCCGACGGUAAAGGAUGUAGCGCCAGCCAUUACGCCCAUGGAACAAAAGAAGGAGCAAGAGGAAAAGAAAGAAAUUAAGGAACUAUCCGAGGAGCAAAAGCAAAUGAUUAUCUUAUCUGAGGACUUCCAAAGGUUUGUAUUACGUGCUGGUCGCAUUAUGGAGCGUGCUAUAUCCGAAAAUGUUGACAUUUACUUGGAUUAUAUUGGUGGCGGUGAUAAUGAGGAGGCAAACGAUGAAAAAUCUCAUGCACGUCUUUCGUUAAAUCGUGUUUUCUAUGAUGAUCGCUGGUCGAAAAAUCGCUGUAUUACAUGCAUGGAUUGGUCAACACAUUUUCCCGAAUUGGUAGUUGCUUCCUAUCAUAAUAAUGAGGAAAGCCCCAAUGAACCGGAUGGUGUCGUCAUGGUUUGGAAUACAAAAUUCAAGAAAACCACCCCCGAAGAUGUAUUCCAUUGUCAAAGUGCAGUCAUGUCGACUUGCUUUGCCAAAUUCAAUCCAAAUCUGAUUUUGGGCGGCACUUAUUCUGGUCAAGUUGUUUUAUGGGAUAAUCGUGUACAGAAACGUACACCCAUACAACGUACACCACUUUCAGCUGCAGCUCAUACUCAUCCCGUUUAUUGUCUACAAAUGGUUGGUACACAAAAUGCUCAUAAUGUCAUCUCAAUUUCGUCCGAUGGCAAAUUAUGUUCAUGGAGUUUGGAUAUGUUGUCACAACCGCAAGAUACUUUAGAAUUGCAACAGAGUCAAAAGAAGGCCAUUGCCAUUACCUGCAUGGCAUUCCCGGCUAAUGAGAUUAAUAGUUUAGUGAUGGGCAGUGAAGAUGGUUACGUCUAUUCGGCCUCCCGUCAUGGUUUACGUUCGGGUGUCAAUGAAACAUUUGAGAAACAUGUUGGUCCCGUCACUGGCAUUUCAACACACUACAAUCAAUCAUCACCUGAUUUUGGCCAUUUGUUCCUUACAUCUUCCAUCGAUUGGACCAUUAAAUUGUGGUCGUUGAAGGAUACGAAACCUUUGUAUUCGUUUGAAGAUAACUCCGAUUAUGUUAUGGAUGUAGCCUGGUCUCCCAUUCAUCCUGCUCUCUUUGCUGCUGUCGAUGGUAGUGGUCGUCUUGAUUUAUGGAAUCUAAAUCAAGACACCGAAGUACCCACAGCAUCUGUUGUAGUUGAUGGUGCUCCAGCUUUAAAUCGUGUUUCGUGGAUGCCAAAUGGCCAACAUGUCACCGUUGGUGAUGAUGCUGGCCAUUUGUAUGUCUACGAUGUGGCCGAGCAUUUAGCACAACCAUCAAGGGAUGAAUGGUCUAGAUUUAAUGCUACUCUCAAUGAGCUCAAAAUGAAUCAAAACGAUGAGGUUUAAGUGAAUCAAGGUGAGAAAAAGUAACGAAAAAAAGAAGUUGAAAAAAGAAAACGAACAAAGCAUGAUGAAUUAUAUUUAUACAGCUUUAAAAAAGACUUUUAUAUAAAGUUGUUUCAAAUGGCAAUUUUACAAUUAUUUAGCAUUAUUAUCCUUUACUUUUUUUCUACUUCUUUUAAUUUACUUUUUUUUAAUAAGCAAAUCUUUUUAAAGUUUUAAUUAUAUCCUUUCCCUCCCUUUAUUUGGUAUUUCAAAUUUCAGUUUUAAAUUGUAUCUCUUUAUUUGGCUCCUUAUAUUAUUUUAUUUCCUCCUUUAAAGUAUUAUUAUAAGUUCAUUAAAAAUGAAAAAUUUUCCGCUCUUACAUAAAAUUAUUAAAAAAAAA